AUGGUGCGACGGCGCGUAGGCGCCAUUGGCCGCACCGCUAUGGGACCGGACUCGCAGGGAAGAUUAGUGGGAGGGAGACGGGAAGGAUGGCGGCUACGGAACGCAGCGGGGGAGGGGGAAGGAUGGGAUGGGGGGAGAGCUGGGGUAGCAGUGGCGCAAGCGGGGCAGCAGGGGGGAAAGGGAGGUGGCGCAGUUGUGACGCUGGCGGAGUCUCAAGUGUCAGCGCUGGUGCAGCUGAACGAGGCAUGGGGGGGCACAUGGCCGGGCAACACGAAUGCGACCACUGCGUGCCGCCAGUGGGCUGGAGUCACGUGCAAUCCCGCUGGAUACGUCACUGCCUUACAGCUGGACCCCUCUCAGGUGGUGAACGGCAGCAUCCCAUCCGCGCUAGUGCAGCUCUCCCUGCUCCGAACGCUCCAUAGGGAACCUUGCUGCCCUUUCCCACCUCGAUCUGCACACAUUCUUCCUCAACGGCACCUUCCCUGCCACCAUCGGAGCCCUCACUCGCCUCACCUACCUGUAAGCGCUGGACCGCGCUUCCCUUCUGCCCGCCCACCUGCCUUCCUGCCAAACUCUCUUCCCGCCCACCUGCCUUCCUGCCAAACUCUCUUCCCGCCCACCUGCCUUCCUGCCAAACUCUCUUCCCGCCCACCUGCCUUCCUGCCAAACUCUCUUCCCGCCCACCUGCCUUCCUGCCAAACUCUCUUCCCGCCCACCUGCCUUCCUGCCAAACUCUCUUCCCGCCCACCUGCCUUCCUGCCAAACUCUCUUCCCGCCCACCUGCCUUCCUGCCAAACUCUCUUCCCGCCCACCUGCCUUCCUGCCAAACUCUCUUCCCGCCCACCUGCCUUCCUGCCAAACUCUCUUCCCUCCCACCUGCCUUCCUGCCAAACUCUCUUCCCGCUCACCUGCCUUCCUGCCAAACUCUCUUCCCGCCCACCUGCCUUCCUGCCAAACUCUCUUCCCGCCCACCUGCCUUCCUGCCAAACUCUCUUCCCGCCCACCUGCCUUCCUGCCAAACUCUCUUCCCGCCCACCUGCCUUCCUGCCAAACUCUCUUCCCGCCCACCUGCCUUCCUGGCAAACUCUCUUCCCGCCCACCUGCCUUCCUGCCAAACUCUCUUCCCUCCCACCUGCCUUCCUGCCAAACUCUCUUCCCGCCCACCUGCCUUCCUGCCAAACUCUCUUCCUUCCCACCUGCCUUCCUGCCAAACUCUCUUCCCGCCCACCUGCCUUCCUGCCAAACUCUCUUCCCGCCCACCUGCCUUCCUGCCAAACUCUCUUCCCGCCCACCUGCCUUCCUGCCAAACUCUCUUCCCGCCCACCUGCCUUCCUGCCAAACUCUCUUCCCGCCCACCUGCCUUCCUGCCAAACUCUCUUCCCUCCCACCUGCCUUCCUGCCAAACUCUCUUCCCGCCCACCUGCCUUCCUGCCAAACUCUCUUCCCGCCCACCUGCCUUCCUGCCAAACUCUCUUCCCGCCCACCUGCCUUCCUGCCAAACUCUCUUCCCGCCCACCUGCCUUCCUGCCAAACUCUCUUCCCGCCCACCUGCCUUCCUGCCAAACUCUCUUCCCGCCCACCUGCCUUCCUGUCAAACUCUCUUCCCGCCCACCUGCCUUCCUGCCAAACUCUCUUCCCGCCCACCUGCCUUCCUGCCAAACUCUCUGCCUGCCUGUGUGCCUGCUGGUCUGCCUGCGUCUUCCCUUUUGCAAGCAUGCCGUGUCACUGCGCCACCAUCUGUUCCCCACGAGCUACGUCGCUUCCCUUCCCCCCACUACAUGUCUUCUCUUUAUGCUUGAUUUGGGAGAGCUGGUAGCAGUCACAGGUCCCUUUGCCAACCUCACAUGGCUCUCAUCCCUCACUUCCCUGCGCUACCUCUCUCUUGCGCACAACGACAUGUACGGCGAGCUGCCUCCCCUCACUUUCUCCACUCUGCAGCAGCUCACCUUCUUCAAUCUGCACGGGCUGGUCCCGGACGACCGCCCUUUCUUCCGCACUGCCAUCGUGCCUCAGGACCUCUCAAAGCUCGGCAGCCUUGAAACCUUUGAUGCGGCAAUGAACGGGCUGCUUGGAGUGCUACCAGACUCGUGGGCAUCGCUCGUCAACCUCACAAGCCUAGCGCUGGCCAUGAACCAGUUUGAAGGGCCUAUACCGUCAGUGCUCGCCGCUCUUCCUCUUCUCACUGGAUUGAACCUAGGAGGCAAUCAGCUCACAGGAGGUCUUCCCAGUGUCUUUCCAAUGACAUCCCUCUCUUACAACAACUUCACAGGAACGUUCCCUGCUGCUGCGCUCAACCUCCCCAACCUCAACGCUAUUUAUUUGGACUACAAUCAGUUCACUGGCCCCAUCCCUGCUGCUCUCACCCGCCUCUCCUUCCUCGCUACACUGAAUCUCAACUCCAACCGUUUCACGGGCAUCAUCCCCCCUGCGCUGCACCAGCUGUCCAACCUCGCUGACCUGACGCUUGCAGGCAACAGCCUGCUCGGGCCCAUACCGCAGGAGAUCCACAACUGGCCCAUGCUCUUCCGCCUGGACCUGCGCUACAACCAGUUCACAGGGUCUUUGCCUAACUUCACAGCAUGGAACACCACAGGCUUGGCCAUACUCUACCUCGGAAGCAACAACCUCACAGGCGCUAUCCCAGAGUCAAUCGGCAACCUCACAUCGCUCCAGCUCCUGUCUCUGGACAGCAACAAGCUCUCAGGUUCCCUACCUGUGAAUAUCUCUGCUCUCACUCAGCUCAGUGCACUGUCACUGGGCAACAACGCCAUUACAGGGGCUGUCGCCAAUACUCUUGCCAACCUGACAUCCCUGGAGACUCUGUGGCUGUUUGGCAACAACCUCACAGGCACCAUCCCGUCCUCCUUCUGCAACCUCACGCGCAUGAACAGCCUGGUGCUACGGAACAACCUGUUUUAUGGGACCAUGCCCUCCUGCCUUGUCAACUUCGCCCAACUUAGAGACCUGGACGUGAGCAACAACUCGCUGACAGGCGUGGUGAACCGCAACAUGAAGGGCAUGAACCCUGGCUACAGCACGCUCAACAUUGCACACAACUUCUUCUAUGGCGACCCCACACUCUACGCCAACGGCACCCUCUACUGCCCCGACCAGGUGCAAUACAAUGCGAGCUUCCUGGACUUCCAGAUGACAGGGCGGGACUACACGUCUAGCGGCGGACAAAACGCAUACCGGCGCGGGCGGGCAAGUCUGAGCAGCAACUGCUUUGACAUGGCGGUGGCAGCAGAUAGCUGUGUGGCCAACGAGACACAGAAGACCGAUGAGGAGUGCCUGGCUUACUGCGGCCUCACUGCUUCGAACCUGCCUUGCGGGGGGCAUGGUGUUUGCGUGCCUGUUUCUGCUGCUGUGGCUCUUGGUGACGGUUCGGGUAAUGCACCUGCUGCUGCUGCACCUGCUGCUGCUGCUACUGCUGCUGCUGCUGCUGCUGCUGCUACUGCUACUGCUGGUGGAAACUUGUCAGUAGCGGCUGACAGUGCGUACACGUGUGCAUGUGAUGAUGGGUAUUACCUGCUCUGGCUGGACAACGGCACUCCCACCUGCUCACUCACUCCUCCCCCUGCUGCACCGGCACCAGAAGCGCCACCGUUGUCCACGGGCGCCAUCAUUGCCAUUGUGGUGGGCGGCUGUGUUGCGCUUGCCAUUGUCGCUGCUGCUGUGGCUGCUGUGCUCAUUCUCCGGAAACAGAAGAAGAGACGCACGUGGACGGAUCUGGACGUGUGCAAGGAGUACAGCAUAGAGGAGGUGCGCACGUUCACGGAGAACUGGGACAACAAGAACGUGCUGGGCGAGGGCGGCUUCGCCACCGUGUACCGCGGCGUGAACGAGAACGGGCUGGUGGUUGCAGUCAAGCGCGUCAAGCUCAUGUCCAACGACUUCGAGACUGAGCACUCCGCUCCUCCAUCUCCCCUCUCUCUCUCCCACGCUCACUCCGUCCAGGUGCGGGCGAUGGCAACGUUGCACCACCCCAACCUGGUGCGGCUGCUGGGCUUUUGUCUGCACAUGGACGUGGAGACGGCCAAGCAGGAGCAGGUGCUUGUCUACGAGUUCGUUGCCAACGGGGACCUCGACCACCACAUCCGCUCCCCUAAAACCCCCAUCUGCACCCCUCUCCGUCCUCUCAUCCCCAGUUUCGGAGUGGUGCUGUUGGAGAUCCUUACAGGCAAGCCAGUCACCAUCGACAGGUCCUGCCACAUCGGCAAAUGGGCGUCCAUAAAGCUACACGACUACCAGAUAGAUGAGCUCAAGGACAAGACACUGACGGCCUCAGAGGACGCUGUUUUGGAGCUCGCAGACAUUGCCCUCGACUGCAUCAAGCGCCGCGCCGCCCACCGCCCUGAAAUGGCAGAUGUCGUGCUGCGAUUGGGCGCCAUGGUGCGCGAAUUCUGCCCAGCGGACAGACAGGAGGGAGGAGGAGGUGAGGGAGGAGGAGGAGGAGGAGGAGGAGGAGGAGGAGGAGGAGGAGGAGGAGGAGGAGGAGGAGGAGGAGGAGGAGGAGGAGGAGGAGGAGGAGGAGGAGGAGGAGGAGGAGGAGGAGGAGGAGGGGAAAGGCCUGGGCGUUUUAGGCUGGGCCGAGCGCUUUCGACAGCGGAGGAUGAUAUGGAGAUGGGGGGGCACGGGGGAGGGGGUCACAGCCGCAUGGACGGGCGGUCCUCGGGGGCUAUGACGCUGCGAUCUGAGAUUGCAUCGCUGUGUGCGAACAGUGAGAUCAUGGAUCGGAAUCACAGCAGUGCCACCAUUAAUAAUGAUGACUCAAUGAUUGUGGCUGCUGCUGGCAGCAGCUAUGUUGGCCUCCAGCAGGGACCCUCCGCACGGUGA